UGUGUCAUUGUUCUGGGACCCCCAAGUGUCGGUGUGUCAUUGUUCUGGGCCCCCAAGUGUCAGUGUGUCAUUGUUCUAGGACCCCCAAGUGUCAGUGUGUCAUUGUUCUGGGACCCCCAAGUGUCGGUGUGUCAUUGUUCUGGGACCCCCAAGUGUCGGUGUGUCAUUGUUCUGGGACCCCCAAGUGUCGGUGUGUCAUUGUUCUGGGACCCCCAAGUCUCAGUGUGUCAUUGUUCUGGGACCCCCAAGUGUCAGUGUGUCAUUGUUCUGGGACCCCCAAGUGUCAGUGUGUCAUUGUUCUGGGACCCCCAAGUGUCAGUGUGUCAUUGUUCUGGGACCCCCAAGUGUCAGUGUGUCAUUUUCUGGAACCCCCAAGUGUCAGUGUGUCAUUGUUCUGUGACCCCAAAGUGUCGGUGUGUCAUUGUUCUGGGACCCCCAAGUGUCAGUGUGUCAUUGUUCUGGGACCCCCAAGUGUCAGUGUGUCAU